UAUAUAUAUAAAAUCAUUAUUUAUUAUUGUGUAUCUUUAUCUGUUUAACAUUGUUUUGUAAGGCAACAUUUUACAUUUUUCUGGUGUAUGAAGCAAACUAAGGUGUAGAUAUGGAUGCCCUAAUUGUCCUCUGUACCUUUAAGGGAACCAUGCACCUUUUUCAUCCAGCAGAUUCUGUGUGAUAUGAACUACCAUCAUUAUACAGGGACCCGUCUCUCCAUAGUAGGGCAGAUGAGGAAGGACUGACACUGCAACGAGCAAUCCCUGUCACCGAUGCAGUGUUAGUCUAUGAACAAAGAAGGUUGCAUUUUUUUCACUGCUGCAAUUCUUUCUUGUAAACUUUUUCUUUUUCAAUUCUAAUAUUAGCUCUUGUUUAAGGAUGUGUACUCUUGCGGUCCAUGUGCUUUUGGGACUUUUUCUUUGUGCAUCCUACCAGUGCUUGGACUGUCCUUUUGGGUGUGAGUGUUUUGCUGUCACCUGCACGGUGAAAUGUGUCUCCCAGGCACUGCUCGUCGUGCCACAGAAUCUCCCAGGAUAUGCCAGGACUCUCAUCAUCACAGGGAAUAAUAUUCACCAGAUUGGACCGGAUUCAUUUAAAGAGCUGGAAAAUGUCACUAACAUCAUUUUAAGCAAUAACAGGAUUACAGAGUUGGCAUCUCACUCCUUCUCUGCCCUCGCCAACCUGCGCUUCCUGGACCUCAGUGGAAACCAGCUGGCGCUCAUUCAUCCAGAGUCUCUCAGCAUACCCGGUAGUCCGCUUCAGGAGCUCAACCUGAGCCGAUCACUCUACAACUUCACUGCCCUGACGGACCUCACCACUGCCCUGCGCUGGGGGGGUGUCUCAGGGCUCCUCCGCCUUGAUCUCUCUGGAAACAACCUUCCCUUGCUGCCGCCUGGAAUGUUCUCCCACGUUCCCAAUCUGCAGCAGCUCCGUCUCACCAACAACUCUUUGCUGGCUGUCUACAGCGGGACCUUUUCUGGCAUGGAUCAUCUGGAGAUGCUGGACCUGACACACAACGCCCUCAGUACUUUCAAGGCCGACGCUCUACAAGAGCUGGAGAGACUUGGAAGCAUUAAAAUACUACUCGGCAACAACCCCUACGUCUGCUCUUGUGAGAUCAAUGGUUUUGUAACUUGGCUGAACAAAUCAAAAGCGUGGGUGGAUAUGGAUGUUGUUAGAUGUGGCUCACCAGAGGGAUUAACCAACUCGCAGCUUCGAGGUCUCUCCAUCCAAGCCAUUGGCUGUGUUGUUCCAGUCCACGCUGAGGUGACAGACCUCACCCUGCAGACGUCCUACGUCUUCCUGGGGCUGGUGCUGGGGUUGGUGGGCAUGGUUUUUCUCUUUGUGCUCUACCUGAAUCGCGAUGGUAUGAAGAAAUGGAUUAUCGAGACAAGAGAUGCAUGUCAAGAUAUUUUGGAGGGCUAUCAGUACCGUUAUGAGAUUGACUCAGACCCUCGGCUUGGGCGCGUUCCAGCAGAUAACAGCAGGGCUCAAAGGCAUGUAGGAUUAGCUCUGUCACAACAGCUGCCAAGUGACACCUGUAUUGUCCAGGGCUCCACAGAAACACACACCAAAAGGGCGGCAACCUCCCCUCCUGCAGACUUAUGAUCGUCAACAUUUAUAGAAACAGAUGAAGUAGACGAGAUAGAGGACAGUUUUACUGCUGUUUGGAGCUCACUAUAUAUACUGUAGUUGUAACCUGUCAUUAACCCUUUAAAGGAGAUGUGAAAAAAACAACAUUUACUUUGAUAGAAACCAUUUGGUUGGGUGUUUGAAGUCACAAUCAACUCAAAAAUGUUGAGAUAAUACAACCCUGACUAGUUCUGCUUAGGUUUGAAAGCACAUAAUUGAGUAAACCAUUCAGAUUUACAGGUUUCUGUGACAUCACGCACACAGAUCAGAGUUAUCUCACCAAACAUUACAUCUUGCUGCAUUUUAUCAUAUGUCUGAACUGGGUAGCACGAAGCAGUAACUCUGAUCUCAAUAUGUGGUCGAGUUGUUAAUGUCACAAAUCUUUUAUAAGACCUCAGAACAUUUUCAACUUUUUAAAAACGACUGUAAUAAACUCCUUUCAAAGGGCCUUUGUGUUUUUUGGGGCACUGAAACAUUAUCUGUGACUGGAAUUAUCUUCAUCGCACAUUUUAAUAAACCUAAUUUAGACAGCUUUAGUAAUGUUCUAGAGAUGCCAUUUUUACUCUUGCUUUUGGGGAAUGUUGUAAUAACACACUGAAAAUAAAAUAUACAAUAUCUUAGAAGCAUGGGAAGAGUGUGUUGACUUAAACUUAAGAGUAAAUCUUUAUUAUGCCAUAUAAGCUUAAGUAAAAUAUUGGAGCAAAAACUUCUCUAAUGAAGUGUUUGUGUUUAUUGUUCUUAGUAGCUCCUAUAACGUUAUCUGUAUUGCUAUAUAUUCAGUAUAUAAAAGGGACAUGAACGCUGUAUAUGCUCACAUUUAACUAUGAGUAAAACAUUUGUCUACUUAAUUUUCUGGUCGUGUUCUGUCACUGUGAAUGUUUUGUUCCUUUACAAUGUCAAAGAAUGUGUGAUUAAGUAUCUCCAUGCAGUGAAAAUGGGGCAGAGUGAAAGAUAUUGUUUGGAAACACACCUGCAGCUGUGCAGCUGUGCAGCCCUGCGCUGACGGACAAUGUAAA